CUUCCUGUCGUUCCCGCGAGGCCAAAGCUAUCCCAUCUAUACGGAAGAUAGAGGAAGAGAGGACGACGAAAGGGUCAUCGAAGGGGCGGAGAUGAUGCAUCGCCCGCGAGGCCUCCUCUCCAUCGCGCGAUCCCUCCACCGCCCCCCCUCGUCCCCCCACCUCCGAGCCCUCGUAUCCACUACUUCCCUCCUCCAAACACUAGAUCGGGACCUCUCUGCCCAAACCCUAGCCCCCUCAUCUCCCCCUCUGCCGCCGGCCCGGACCCUCGCUGACCUCCAGCGGCGCCUCGCCGUGGAGUCCCCCUCCCUCUCGGACUUCGUCUACUCGGUGGAGGUCGGGACGAAGAAGAAGCCGCUCCCGAAGCCGAAAUGGAUGAAGGAGACGAUCCCUGGGGGGGCCAAGUACGCGGCCAUAAAGGCGAAGCUGAGGGAGCUCAAGCUCCACACCGUGUGCGAGGAGGCCAGGUGCCCCAAUCUCGGGGAGUGCUGGUCUGGCGGGGAGACUGGGACGGCCACCGCCACGAUCAUGAUCCUCGGGGACACCUGUACUCGUGGUUGUAGGUUUUGUAAUGUAAAGACAUCACGCGCUCCCCCUCCACCAGAUCCAAAUGAACCCUCUAAUGUUGCUGAAGCAAUUGCCUCAUGGGGUUUGGAUUAUGUGGUGAUUACUAGCGUUGACCGCGAUGACUUGCCUGAUCAAGGAAGUGGACAUUUUGCAGAAACAGUGCAAAAAUUAAAGUUUCUGAAACCAAAUAUGCUAAUAGAAGCACUUGUUCCUGAUUUUCGAGGAGACCCCAGCUGUGUGGAGACAGUUGCAAAAUCUGGGUUAGAUGUUUUUGCUCACAACAUCGAGACUGUUGAAGAGCUGCAGCGCAUGGUUCGAGAUCAUCGUGCUAAUUUCAAGCAAUCAAUUGAUGUCCUUAAAAUGGCAAAAGAAUAUGCUCCUCCGGGAACUCUGACAAAGACUUCAGUAAUGCUAGGUUGUGGGGAAACACCUGAUCAAGUGAUUAGUACAAUGGAGAAAGUGAGGGCAGCUGGAGUUGAUGUCAUGACAUUUGGUCAGUACAUGAGACCAUCAAAGCGGCAUAUGCCGGUCUCUGAAUAUGUUACCCCAGAAGCAUUCGACAAGUAUCGUUCUCUUGGCAUGGAAAUGGGAUUCCGAUAUGUUGCAUCAGGUCCAAUGGUACGUUCCUCAUAUAAAGCAGGUGAAUUUUAUAUCAAGUCGAUGAUUGAUGCUGAUCGAGCGAAGGCUUCUAUAAAUCCACAUCAUGGGUCUUAAGCUGAAAGUUUUCUACAAGCCACUUUCCAUAACCAUGUUAUCUCAUUGGCUUUUUUGAUCCAUAUUGUAGUUUGAUUCAGGUUGUUAUCUUCUUUGUCACUGCAUACCAUCCUUUAUGGAUGCAGCUCGUGCAUUCGCUCUGCUAUAUUAUGUAACUUCAUCGGCUAUGAUAUUCACAUAUGCUUCAUUCAUUUAAAGCAGGAAUAAUACAACCAAUACUUUCCUGUAU